AUGCCACGACAGCUCUCCUCACUAAUGGUGCUGGUUCUGUACUUGAACCCAGCUGGAGCAGCAAACUUUCCCUGGGAGACGAGCCAGCUGUCUGAAACCGAGGCCGCUUCAUGGUCGGACAUCUCUUUUGGAAAUGCCUCACAGGAGCCGAUCCCUCCCGGUCCAGAAUGCAAAGCCCUCCCCGGCGAUACCGCAUGGCCGACCGCGCAAGACUGGGUCCGCCUCAACAGCACCCUCGAUGGUGCCCUGCUCCGCCCUGAGCCCGCCGGCGCAGUCUGCUAUGCGAACAACACACUGUAUAACCGUGAACGAUGCGACUGGAUCCUCGGCGAGGGCGGUAGCGGCCGCUUCUGGAUCGACGACCCGUUGAAUGUUCUGACGCGGUGGCCGCAGGGCGAUUCGUGUCCUGUAGAGCCGCGUCCAAGGGGCAAUUGCACGAGGGGAGGGUUCGCCGACUAUGUGGUCGAUGCGAGAACAGUGAAGCACAUACAGGUGGCGGUCAAUUUUGCGAGGAACAGGGACAUCAGGCUGGUGAUCAAAAACACCGGGCACGAUUUUCAUGGCAAGUCCUGCGGCAAGGGCUCCAUCAGCAUCUGGACGCAUCAUCUCAAAAGCUUCGACUUCAUCCCAUCACUCACCAUCCCAUCCACGACUCCUGGCGACCCGCCCCUGUACUCAGGUAUGGCCGCGCGUGUGUCUUCUGGGCUUGAGAGCUGGGAGAUGUACGCCCAUAUGCGCCGCAAUAACAUGCAUCUCGCCGUUCCCGGUGAUUCCACGGUGGGAGCGUAUGGCGGAUGGAUCUUGGGCGGCGGUCAUCACAGCCUCGCUUCGCACUUUGGACUAGGCUCGGAUCAGCCAUUGGUGCUUCAGGUUGUCACCGCCGACGGACGCUUCGUGACGGCGGACCAUCUCGACAACUCGGAUCUGUUCUUCUCGCUGCGUGGCGGCGGGCCCAGCACCUAUGGUGUUGUCACGUCUGCUGUGGUUAAGGCCUACCCGGCUCUUGAGGUCUCCCAGACCUCGGUGCGAUUUUCGACCUCCAACAUCAACGGCAGCGCGGCGCACAAGGCCGAUGUUUUCUGGCAGGGAGCUUCUGCUGUGUACUGGUUCUCCAAGCAUGCCACCGACGCACGAGGAACAGUUUACGACAACAUUUCGCCUUCGGGCAGUAGCUCGUUCACCUUUAGUGCCGAGUUUGAGCUGCCCAACUUUACAAAAGGACAGGCGGACGCUUGGAUUCGGACCUUGGUGGACAAUCUCCGAGGGUUGGGAAUCUCUGUGAGCAACCCUGCCGCUCGCGCUUCUCCUCGAUCUAAUGACGGGAGUCAGGGCCGAGGUGACCAGCCUGGAAACACUCGCUUCAGCUCGCGCUUGUUUCCCCGCAUGAUCUGGGAGGACGAGGAACUAUUCUCUCAAACCAUGUCUGUGAUCCGCCAGGUGGUGGAAGAGGGUGGCUACACCUUUCAUGGAAUCCACCAAACACCCAAACCAGCCGUUGCAGGUUGGCCGGGCACGACGUCAGGUGUGAACCCGGCAUUCCGGUUGACGCAGAUGCACGCCGACAUUUUUGAUCGGAGCUCAGUCGAUGGCACGCCAGCACAAUGGAUGCAGGGGUGGUCGCGGCUGAACCAGUACACGCAAAGGAUCCGGGACGUAACGCCGGAUGGUGGGGCAUAUGUCAACGAGGCGGAUCGUCUGGAGCCUGAUUGGCAGCAAAGCUUUUACGGUGACAACUACCAAAGGCUUGCCGAAAUCAAGAGUCGGUGGGACCCUUGGGGGCUGUUUUGGGCGCCCAUCACUCCGGGGAGCGAGAAAUGGGAGGUUAGAACUGCUGACGGGUUGCCCACUCAGAACGGGCCACUCUGUCGGACCGGAACAGCGAAGGUGUAG